GUAGUGUUGAGGUAGGAGUGAAGGAGGUGGAGGUUGUCGUCGCUGCCUGACUGAGUGUGAGUGUUGGGCGGACUCGCUGCUGCUCUCAUUGGGUUGUGUUGGCAGUGCUGCCUCUGCUCUGUGCGCUAAUAUAUUCCGUAUGAUGAUGGCGGAAGCCUGGUUUGAGGAGGAAGAGGAGGAGGAGGUGCGAGGGGCGAUCGACAGGGACCCCGGCUCCAGACACAACCCUUCGGCUGCCGGGCGGCUCAGCGUCGUCUCAGCAGGUCGCUCCGAUAGAAAUAAACCAGACCAGUCAUCCCGCAACUCUAGCCACGGACCAUUAUCUACCAUAAGGGCAGCUAUCAAGAGAACAUCAAUUCGUACAUCAUCGCAGAGUGAACCGCGGAGAGAAAGAAGUCGCCCAGACAUUACAGUCAUUGCUGCGGAGCCCAUAGGACCAAGCCCUUGGUAUCCUGGUUCACCAGGAAACUGUGCAACGUCUGCUGGACUAGGACUUUCAUAUCCUCGGACUCUCUGGAGAAUUGACGAACCUGUUGCAGCAGAACCUCCACCAUCCUAUGAGCAGGUGAUCAGAGAAAUCAAUCAGCAUCCUGUGCCCAGACAACAUCCCUCAAGGCGUUCAACAACUACUACAUCAACACAGACUGAAUUUGACCAGGAUACUGAGAAUAUAGAGACAAGGAGCGCUGAUGCUGAUUUUACAAGUUUGAGAGGAAACACUCCUGUGACAGUUCAGAGACCAGUGAAACCUUCCAGACCAGCUGUGUGCCUCAUUCCUAUUAGACCUGAGGAAAGUGAAGAACCUUUGAUUUCAAUAGAAAGUAAUUCCAGUAGGGAACAAAGUGUCCAAACAAACACUAAUGUUGUGGAGCGACCCAUACCAAGGCCCAGGUCCUUAGGUAACUUCAAGAUACUUUUUGAAGAACUGCAAAGUGAGACUUCUGAGGGAGAAGGUGAAGAAAGUGGUGUUUUACGUGGGCUAACAUUGUGCCAAAAUCCAUUGACAGAAGAUAAUUUUGCCAACCAGGAAACAAUGGGAGAUAACAGUGGACACAGCUUCCUUGCCAGGAUAAAGGCAUUUGAAACACAAACCGAUUCUGAAAAUUCUGCUGGUAACACACGGCCAUCAAAAAGACCAGAAGUUGCUCCAAGAUCUUUCGGGCCAAAGCCUGCGGUAGUACACGGGAAACCAACUGUAGCACCCAAACCUUCCGUGGCUGACAAGAAUUCAGGAGGAUCUGAUAAGGUGGUUGAAACAAAACCUGUAGCAGCAGAGAGGCAGGGGCCAAUCCCCCUUCCAAAACCACAAAAAAUGCCUGCAGCUGCUAGACCCAAGCCAGAGCCACCCAAGAAACCAAAACCCAGUAUCUCCGCAGAGUCAAAACAGAGCAAUGGAAGUAACAGUACUUUAGAUGCUGGAGAGAAAGCACUUUCAGCUACUGUCACUCCAAGAGAAAGACCUACUGAUAAGAGGAAUCAAGUUCCUGUUCCAGCACCAAGGCCUACUGUGGCAAAAAGGACCAUUUCUGAAAAUCGUGAUCCAUCUUCUACAGCAUUUAAACCUCCUGCUUCUAGACCUUCAGUAUUACCCUUAACAAAGACUUCCAUGAUGCAGGUUGAAGAAUCUUCAAGCAACAAAUAUGCAGCUUCUCCAGAUAAGAUCUCAAACUUGCAAGAUCUGAUAAGUUUUGAUGAUGAUGAUGUUGUACCUGCUAUUCCAACAGGAGAUAAUGUGACCUCCCUAGUGACAGUAGAUCCUUUUCAGACUUUACCUAGAGGUCAGAUGGCACCCACAGAUAGUACUUCAAGUCGGCCACCUUUACUGCGUAAACCAACAGUAAUUCGCAUACCUAACAAACAAGCAUCAGAAGACAUUGAAAGCCCACCCCCUCUCCCUGUAGAGACUCCUGUUGGCAGUUUUGUUGCACAGAGGCCCAACAUUGUGCCCAAGACUGCAGUUGAAGAUCUUUGUGAUGUGCCCCGACCAGUUGCAAGCCAGCCUUUGACAGUUCCAGGCAAAGUCCCACCUGCACGUCCUCCCCCGGCUAAAGCUGGUCCAGCUCGGCCCCCUCCACCAAAGAUUUCUGCUUCAGCAACCCAACUCCGCCAUUCUUCAUCUGAACUGGGAAUAAACAACACUGCAGGAAAAAGCAGCCCACGUGCCCAAAGCAAGAACCGACCAAAAAGUCAAGUGUUUCAGAAAAAACGACCUGAACUUCCACCUCGACCAGCUCCUGGACACCCACUCUACAAUAAGUACAUGCUGCCUGUGCCUCAUGGAAUUGCCAAAUGUGAUGUCAACUCCAGGGUCCCAGGAGAACUGUCAUUCCAGCGAGGUGAAGUCCUGAUUCUCCAGCAGCAGACUGACCAGUCUUUACAGUGCCAAAAGGGGUUUGAUACUGGCAAAGUUCCUUCAUCUCAUUUGAAGAUAAUCACUCCACUUGAUGAGGAAGUGGUGAAAGGGACCAACAAGAAACCCUUCACUUCUGAACAGUUUGGAGAAAACAGUGCUCCCCAUGCUAUUGUGCUGCAUGACUUCACAGCAGAUCAAAAUGAUGAACUGAAUCUAAAGUCAGGAGAUACUGUGUACUUGCUGGAGAAAUUGGACAAAGAUUGGUUUAGUGGGAAAUGCAAGGGGCAUACUGGGAUUUUUCCUGCCAACUUUGUCAAAGUUAUUGUCGAUUUACCUAUAGACGAUUCACAGGAAAGCAGUGUGAAGAAAGUUGCAUUUAAAUCAGCUUCACUUGCCAGGGGGCCUCGAUGUGUGGCUCGGUUCGACUUCGAAGGCGACCAGGCUGAUGAACUCACUUUCUAUGAAGGUGAUGUUAUUGCAUUGAAAGAGUAUGUGAGUGAGGAGUGGGCUCGAGGACAACUAAAAGGCCGCUCUGGAAUUUUCCCUCUAAAUUUUGUAGAGAUUGUUGAGGACCUACCAGCUUCUGAGCAGCAGCAGAUACAGAAUUCACCUCUGUCUCCAGGUUCUGACAUAUUAGCAGGUGGUAAAGCGGGUGACACCACCUCAUGUAGUCAGGUUGGAAACUCAAACUCUCAGUGGUGUGAAGCACUUUAUGAUUUCAAAGCAGAAGCUGCUGACGAUUUGCCAUUUAAACGGGGGGAUCGGAUCCUUAUCACAGAGCAGUUGGACUCUGAGUGGUGCAAGGGGAAACUGAACGGGCGUGAAGGGACAUUCCCAACUGUGUUUGUUCAAAUGUGCUCAGGAGAAGCAAGUGCAGCAAAACAACAGCCCUCAGAGAAUAAGAGAGGAAAAGCCAAGGCACUGUAUGACUUUGUUGGGGAGAAUAAAGAUGAGCUUGAUUUAAAGGUUGGAGAUAUGAUAACCAUCUUUGAAUCCAUAGAUGCUGACUGGCUGAAAGGAGAACUGCAGGGGAAAGAGGGAAUAUUUCCCAGGAACUUCGUCCAGAUUCUUCAAGACCCAUUGUGAAAUUCCUGAUACUUUGGCUGAGGAACAGUGUGGAGUAUGGAGCAGAAUUUGAACUUUGUCAAUCAUUAAUAUGUACCAAGGCACAUGUGGACUAUGCAGAUCAUGACAGACUGAAACAGAUUUAAUUGCUUUUGGAGAACUAAUUAAUCAAUGAGUUCCAUUACCUGUGAACUAAGACUCACUGCAGUCACCUGGGAGCAGUAGGUGAGUCAGUGGUCAGGGUUCAUACUUUGACUAAAUAACCUACAGAUUAUAAUUUUACUUUAAGACAUUUAUAUGUUAGUGUUAAAAUACAGAUUCCAGUAUUGAAUCAGGAACAAAGUCAAGACAUUAUAAUUUUUUUUUAAAUCCAUCAAUGCCUGCAUGAGCUGGUACUGACAUCAGAAGGGCUGGUUUUCCCAUUCUUGCUGUCAUCUUUUAACUUGCGUACAAAUUGCAAAAUAAAUUUUAAUGUAAUCUCAAUAAAUAAUGCAUAGUUACAUAUCAUAUCUUUUGAUUGCAUUGUUUUUUGAAGGCAACAUGGUUUUAAAAACAAUAAACUUUUUUUUAACAUCAGAGCUUCAUAAUACUGCUGUGGUAUUUUUUAGCAAUAACUGGGCAUUGGCAGUGACAGAUUAUUCUGAUGUGGAUUCCUCACUGGUAAUAUUUCUUAAGUAUCAGAGCUUUGUGAUAAACUUUUCAAUAAAAAGUAUUUAUUUCAA